UGCUGGAAUUACAGGCAUGAGCCACUGUGCCCAGCCAAAUAUUUGUCUUUUCUUUAUGGUCGAGACUGUCAAAUUACUCUCUCCUAGCUAUUUUGAAAUAUACAAUAGAUUAUUGUAAACUAUGGUCACCCUACUGAUGUAUCAAACACUAGGUCUUAUUUCUUUAUCGAACUGUAUAUUGGGACCCAUUAAUCAAUCUCUCGUCUCUCAUAAUGUUGAAAAUAGAAGCAGCUCUAAACCAUGGUGAAAUCCACUCCCUUUAUAAGGUAUAUACUGCACCAUUAGACUUGAACAUUGCAGGCUUUGCCCUAGAGAGGGGCCCUAGAAAGAAUCCUGGGCUAGAAUGGAGGACCAAGUCUCCUCAGGGUUUUCUCUCCUGUGUUCCAGCUCACGCUUGUGAAGGGAGUGACUUCUGUAAGCCCAGUGCAUCACACUGUGGGGCAGGUGAAGCACCCUGACACGGGACCUUGCCUGUGGACGCCCUCUGCACACCUGCCCACAGGGCUUGCCACGCGAGCGUGCCCAGGCCUCACUCCUGCUACUCCUCAGCAACGGGUGGACAAAGCAGCAGCCCUGAGGACCUGUCCUGGCCUCUCCUGUUCUGAGUGGACACGGCCUCUCCCUCAAGGCUGAGAUCCAGAGAGGAAGAUGAUGUCCUCAUGGAAUCUGUUCUCUCAGGUUCGGUCAGCGGAGACUAAGUACCAGUGUUCCGCCAACCCAGGAACAGAGCAGGCCCUGCAGGCGCAGCGAGAAGACAGAUUCCCCGGAGAGCACUCAGGAGGAAAAAUGGAGAAAGUAACACUUCCCACCGAAACUACCAGAAACAUCCAGAAAAUGAAGCAGAAAAAUGCAGCCCAGGAAUCAGAAAAGGCCUCAGUCCGGUCAAUUAAACCUUGGAGUGACCAGGAAAUCCAGAGUUUCCUGCAAGAAUGGGAAUUUCUUGAACGGGAAGUGUACAGGGUGAAGAAGAAGUACCACGUAGUAUCAAAAACAAUUGCCCAGCGUCUCAAGCAGAGAGGUAUGAAGAAGAGCUGGCAGGAAUGUCUCCAGAUGCUAAUAAGCUUGCAGGACUUAUACUUCACUAUUCAGGAGGCCAACCAGAGGCCAAGGUGCCUACCCUUGCCAUGUCCUUAUGGCGAGGCCCUGCACAGGAUUCUGGGAUACAGAUGGAAAAUCGGUGUCUUCUCAGGUCCUCCCUGUGCAGAUGCGGUUGACCUCGUACCUCCUGAGCACCAGCCCCAGGCCUGUGGCAUUCCCAUAGCCGUUCAGGAGCCGACGUGGGCCCCGACACCUGUGAUCUAUGUGGGAAAUCCUCCGGUACCCGAAUGGGAGCCCUGGAACACGAAUAGUCAUGCUCCAUAUAUGAAUCCUGCUUUUCCCCCAGCAGCCCCAGGCCCCCUACCACAGUGGGCCAUCUCUACUGACUGAUCCAGAUCUUGAAGACAAUUAGAAUCUGGAUCCCGAUUCUUCAGAAAGACUGAAAAGUAGCACAAUCUGUGUGUGUUAGUGCAUGACUCCUUCCCCUCCUCACCUGGUGCAAUGAGAAUAAAUGUGAAAUAAAUGAUC